GGGACCACGUGGGGCUUUAUAUAUAUUAGGCACGGUUCUAAGCAAUCCUGACUUCAUACUCCUCUGUUUGAAAAAGAAAAGAAAAAGAAAACCAUCUCUCCCUCUCUUCGACAUGGAGGAUUCAAGCCAAGACAGAAACCUAUACCAUCACCAGGAUCAAGACGAACUACACUCACUUGCCAUAUCAACAACAAACCCUAAUUCUUCUGUCCCUGAUGCCCAUGAUAUCCCUCCUAUCAACACCAUCCCCGUUUUCUUCAGAGAAUUCUACAGGGAGUCCAAGAAACUCUGGUACCUCGCCUUCCCUGCCAUGUUCACCUCCCUUUGCCAGUACUCCAUCGGCGCCAUCACUCAAGUCUUUUCCGGUCAAGUUGGCACCCUGGCACUCGCUGCUGUCUCCAUUGAGAACUCUGUCAUCGCCGGAUUUUCCUUCGGUGCCCUGCUUGGCAUGGGAAGUGCACUUGAAACGCUAUGUGGGCAAGCAUUUGGAGCUGGGCAGCUGGAAAUGCUGGGAAUCUAUAUGCAAAGAUCGUGGGUCAUUCUCGGCACCGCAGCCUCACUUCUCUCCAUGCUGUAUAUAUUCGCCACUCAAAUUCUGAAGCUAAUUGGGCAGAAAGCAGCCAUAUCAAAGGCAGCAGGGAUAUUCUCAAUCUGGAUGAUACCUCAGUUAUUCGCUUACUCAAUUAAUUUCCCCAUGGCAAAAUUCUUGCAGGCUCAAAGGAAGAUGAUAGCUAUGGCCUUGAUAUCUGCAGCCACCUUGGUUUUGCAUGCAUUGUUUAGCUGGCUUUUGAUACUAAAGUUGAGGUGGGGAUUGGUUGGAGCAGCGGUGGUGUUAAAUGCUUCUUGGUGGUUUGUUGAUUUGUCUCAGUUUCUAUAUAUUGUAAGUGGAACUUGCGGGCGAGCUUGGAAUGGAUUCUCAUGGCAGGCCUUUCAAAACCUGUGGGGUUUUGUCAGGUUGUCUCUUGCAUCUGCGGUGAUGCUUUGCGUAGAAGUUUGGUAUUAUAUGGCAUUAAUAAUCUUUGCCGGAUAUUUAAAGAACGCAGAGAUUUCAGUGGAUGCCUUGUCCAUAUGCAUGAACAUUUUCGGUUGGACGGUCAUGUUGUCUCUGGGAAUGAAUGCAGCUAUAAGUGUAAGAGUAUCAAAUGAACUAGGCGCAGGUCACCCAAGAACAGCAAAAUUUUCAGUAGCAGUGGCUGUUAUAUCAUCCUUCACGAUUGGUGUCAUCAUCUCUGUGAUUCUCAUCCUCACGAGAAACAAGUAUCCAUCUUUGUUUUCCAAGGAUUCUCAAGUCAAAGAACUUGUUAAAAAGCUAACGCCACUUCUAGCUACUUCCGUUGUUAUUAACAAUGUUCAGCCUGUUCUUUGUGGUGUGGCUAUUGGAGCAGGAUGGCAAGCUAUUAUGGCAUGUGUGAACAUAGUUUGUUACUAUGUGUUUGGGAUUCCUCUGGGUCUUAUAUUGGGUUACAAACUUGAUAUGGGUGUUCAUGGAAUUUGGUUUGGAAUGAUGUCAGGGAAUGUGGUACAGACUUUUGCCCUUUUCUUCAUCGUUUAUAGAACAAAUUGGAGCAAAGAGGCUUCUGUUGCAGAAGAUAGGAUAAGGAAAUGGAAAGGACAGGUAGUUUCCAUAGAGAACAAUACUGAAACAAUUUUCGCCUAGAAGUGUGAAGGGAAACGCAAGAAUUGAAGAAAAAGGAAGAGUUGUCAAUGACUUUUAAGUUUCAGGGGAAUUAUACAAUAUUAUAGGUGUAUCAGUUGAACUAAUUCCAACCAACCGAAACAUUAGUCCUUCUAAUCUAGUUGCAGAAAAAUUUGGAUUCUAUAA